AGAGCCAGGCCUCCUAAAGGACAAACAAGUGAAAAUCUUGCCUUCGCCCACAGACAGAAGGAAAAGCACCUCCUGGAAUACGCUGAUCUUUUAAAGCUGUACAACCAGUACCGCAGAGCCUCGGAGUGGCAGCGACGCGCCGAACAGAAAUGGCUGCACGGCGUCGUGCGGGGAAAGGUGGACGCCACAAUGCGGGAGUACCUAGCAGGGACGGAUGAGCGACGCGAGAGGCUUCGUGAACUUCUGGAGGCAGAGGAAAGUAGAUACUUUGCUGAGAUGGAGGCACUUGAAGAAACAGCCCAGGAGAAACAAGCAAAGAUGAAGGAGCGAGCAAAAUUACUGAGGGAAAAGAGAGAAAAAGAAAGACAACAGCUGGUGGCUGAAAAACGAGAGCAGCAAUUCAGAGAACAAUGCGAGGAGUUCCGCGUACAGCAGAUGAAGAAGCAUCAGAAGGAGGUGUGUGAAGACCGCCUGGCCCAGCUAGCUCUGAAGGAAGAACUGAAAAAGCAGCGGAUGAAGGAGGAGCAGAUCUUUGCGGAGCUUUGGAAAGAGGACAGGGCGGCUAAGGAAAAGCGAGAGGCGGCGGAGACGCGGAAAGCAGCGGGCCGGAUCCGGGAAACGCUGGAUGCGCUCAGCGCCCAGGUAGCGGCGCUCAGCGCUCACAGAGAGGAGGCGAAGCGGCUGAAGGAAGAAGAGGCUCGGUUGCUGGAAGAAGAGCAGCAACUGCUUAAGCUAGAAAAUGAACAACUUCAGAUGGAGAAACUGCAGAAACAGAAAGAAUGCAGAGACACGUUGCUCGGGGCAGCACAGGACAAGAGGAAUCGUCUUAAUGAAGAAAAGCAAAGUGAACUCGCCCUAGAGAUGAAGAUCUUGGAAGAUUAUCUUCAGCAACCCCAGGAGGACGCUGAGGAGAAAACAAAAAGAAAACAAGAGCUGUUCAAGGAGCAACAGACUUACCGAGCACACUUGGCUCAACGGCUAGAGGAGGAGAAACAGCGAGAAAAAGAAGAGGACCAACUCUUCAAGGAAGAGAUGGAGAAGGUUUGGGCCAAGAAGGCUGAGCAAAUGCGAUUAGAAAAGGAGGCUAGAAAGCGGCUACUGAAAGAUGUCCUGGAUACAAGACAACUGCAGAUUGAGGAGAAGCUGCAGAGAAAUGCAAAGGAGCAGGAAGAGCUCGCUCGAGAGAGGAAGUUGUUAGCUGAAGCAAUUGCAGAAAUCGAGCACAAAGAAGAGGAAAAAUAUGCAAGAAAAGUGAAGGAAGCAAAAGAAUACCAAGAGCAACUCAGGGCUCAGAUUGACUCUCGACAAAAGGCUUGUGCUGCUGAGGAAGAAGAGAAACAGCGAGAAUACGAAUUGCAGCUGGCAGCAGAGAGAGCUUACCAAGAAAAAAUCCAGGACAUUCUGUCAAGGCCUUGUGAGAAACUACUAAAAACUCACCCUUUGAGAAGAAAACUGUGGGAACCCUCGCUGCAGAACCGGCUAGUGCAGCCGUACCCAGCGUACGGGGACACCGCAGCCCCGGCCGGACCCAAGGAUUGCGCCCAGAUGUAG